CGUUUGGUUUCGAUAUUUAUUUCUCCGCUUGAAGCUGUAAUUUGAUGUGACGACUGGGCUUAUUUAUACGGGCUACUACAGAAACGGGCCUUUAGUGAUGGACCUGGGCCGGACCCAUCUACACUAAAUUAGUUAUGACAAUUUUAUACUACUAGUACAAUAUUUAAAUUUGUAUAAUAAUCAUAGUUGUUACUCCUACAUUGAUAAAAAAAAUACAAUUAAAAAUAAAUAAAAAAUAAAAAAUAAAAAAUAAAGAACUGUUGUAUGGAUUGGCGGUCUUCCACUAGUAACAGAUAAGCGAACUGUGGGCCUGUGGCAAUGGCGGUGAUAGAGGUGGCGCUUCAUCUCCACGCGCCUCCGUUUCUCUCUCACCGUGCUUCUGUUUUCCUAUAUGCCCCAAGUUCCGGUAUCAAUCUCCAUUGCCGCCCACUUUCUGUAUCCGGUCACCGGUUUCUCCUCGUUCGGCAAUGGCCGCUUCAUAUCUGCCAGUGUCGCCGUUGGGACUCCAACGCUGAAUACUAUGCUGCCGAAGAAAUUGAGGAUUUCGACGAGCAGUGGACUGCAGCUCUUGAGGAUUACAUCGAUAGCAUCUGGAUAUUAAAGGUGUUUGGAUCGUAUGGUUGGAUGCUUCCACCUAUUUUACUGUCGCUGCUGCUAGCGAAUGGUCUAAAAGCGUUUCUUCUGGCAUUGGCUCUGCCAAUUGGACAGUCAACUUUUGCAUUUGCCAUAAACAGGUUCCAGAACCGGGGCAAGGACAAGCCAAAGCGGAAAGACAAGACGAAGAAGCGAAGAUCACGUGUCUAUAGCUCAAGAGAUGCUGGUUCGGUGGAAUCACCUGAGUACACUUAUGGGCAAAGGCCGCAGAGGAAACAGAAAGGAUAUCAAUCAUGGGGUUCCAAAGAUGAUUUUACUACAACUGCAGCCGAUUUUGGUGGAUGGGAUGAGCUAGAUUCAGGUAUGGAUUACAAUGUAGGAGGAGGCUCUUCCAGAAGGGAACAGAGAAAAACGAGUGGGUCACGAGGGGCGUCUGCAAAGAAGGGUGGAAAAAGGAUAUUGAGGGAGAGUGAUGGGCCUUUGUUACUGAGGUUGCUGAUAUCUGUUUUCCCAUUUUUGAGCACAUGGACUAAGAUGCUGUAGUUGAGGCUCGCUUACUUCACCGUCUGUUGCUCGAUCCCAGCAAAGAAAAUGGAAAUCUUCAGAUCACAUUAUGCAGAAAGGUUGGUUCCUCCAUGAUGGAGUCAGGCAAGGAUCGCGCCCGCAGCACCACCAUUACGUGCUGUUUUAUAGCCAAAGAAGGUACAUAUGCGAGAGUAUCAGUUUCUGAUUUAAAGAAUCCUAGUAGAAUCGAAUCUUGGGCGAGAGAUUCAUGGGACUUUACGACUGCUGUUAUUUAUGGCACGUGCGGAAAAUAAGGUGGGAUUUGCAUAAGCCAAGAUUCUUCUGUGGUCAGCAGCAUUUCUUCUAUCUUCUUGAUUAUAAUGGGUGGUUUCUCUUUAACUACAAAUUUUUGAGAAUUAUCAGUUUCAGAAUUCACAGAAUUGAAUUUCCUCUAUUUUUUACACUUUCCCUCCGUUCCAUGGUAAAAAUCUCAAUUGAGGCGGAUAUGAAUUUUAAAAAAUUAAAAUAACAGUAUUAAAUGAUAAAAGAAAAUAAUGGAAUGUGAAUCACAUUUAAAAAUGUGAAUAGAAUGUGGGGCAUACUAACAUUUACGUGAUAAGUGAGUAGAUACUCUUAAUAUUGGAUAAACUAAAAUGGAAAAUGAGACUGCUAACGUGGAAGGGAUGGAGUACUACAUAGUUACCUAGUUUGGUAAAUAAAUGAAAAGAUAAAUUAAAGAAAUGAAGUAAAAAACACAUUUUUAAUUACAAAAGAAUCCCACAUUUUCUUUAUUAAUACACUUUAUUCACUUAAACCACAUCCACCAAUCUUUUUCUUAACUAAAAAUGCCCAAGUCCACAGAUUGUCUAUGAAAAAUAUGUACCCUUGAAAAUA